AUGGAUCUCUCUUCCAAUAUGCACCUCCUUCUAGUUUCUUUUUUCUUGAUUCUUCUUAUAAUUCUGGUAAAAUAUGUUCACACAUUCAUAUGGAUCCCGUAUCGGAUCCAAAACCAUUUCAAAAAGCAAGGCAUAAGCGGCCCUGGCUACCGCUUGAUCACCGGAAACUCGGCGGAGAUCCGCCGUAUGUACGUUGAAGCAGCGUCAAAGCCAGUACUGGGCUUUGACCAUGAUAUUGUUUGCCGUGCAAUGCCUCUGUAUGACAGAUGGUCCGGCAUGUAUGGAAGAACAUUUUUGUACUGGUUCGGGUCAGUGCCCCGGCUUGCCAUAUCUGAUCCGGAUAUGAUUAAGGAGGUCCUCACCGGUGGGUCAUUUGAAAAGAUUCCAUUUAACCCGUCGGCUAAUCUGCUAUUUGGGCAGGGACUUGUUGGGCUUGACCCUAAUGUCAAAAAAUUAGUGCAACUAAACGUGUGUGCUCUCCAAAGAGUCUGGGACACGCUUGAGAAGCUGUGUACUAAGAAGAAUACAGCAAGGUUGCAGCUAUUGGAGAAUGAGUUGGCAAUGUUAAAACAAGGAGAGAUAGAUGCGGAUGACAAGAUUAGUGAAGCGGUUUACGGAUGGUCACAGCAGCCUUCUGUAGAGGAGUUAGAGAACUUGCUCUCUAAUCAAGAAGCUUUGGCUAAACAAAUGGCAAAAAAAUUUGAAUCUGAGCUGUUCUCUUCUCAAAGGGAAGCAAAUAAGAAGAAUACAUCAGCCUGGAUAAGACUAAAGAAGAAGAUUCAAGUGCAGAGAAAGGUGGCAAUUCACAAAGUUACCUCAUGGCCAGGUACACAAAAAUCUCCUUUUGAGAUUUUAUAUGGUGAAAAGCCAAAUGUUAAUUACUUCGGGAAGGGUUGGAGGUGUAUGGACCAGGAACAAAUAAUUUGUUACUUCCAGGAUGUGGUGUUUGAUGAAGUAUCAUCUCUAUGUUUUGCAAAAGCCCGUGGUAAAAAUAUUGCUCUGAUGAUGAUCAAGACAACUUUGAGCCUCUAUUCUGAAAUUAAUCUGCAAGCACCUAGCAAUGAUGAAACAGAAAAUGAAUCCAAGGCAGAAUAUUCAAGACCAGAAGAUGGUGAGCAACAAGCAGUGAGAAGAUCAACAAGGGAGACAAGGCAGCCAGAUCUCUCAAAGAUUAUGAGGUACAACUUAUCAUUGCACAGUGACCUCAUGUUUCUUUACUGGGCUUUAAGUGCAGAAGAACCAGAAAGCUAUGAAGAAGCCAAAGACUGUCUAAAAUGGGGAAGAGCAAUGCAAGAAGAAAUUGAAGCAUUAGACAAAAAUGAGACGUGGGAGUUAGUACCCAACCAGAAAAUUGUAAGCCAGUCACUUGUAGAUGGGUUAUCGGUUGAAGAAAAAAUCAGAUGGGACGAUGAUAGGUUCAAGCUCAUUUAG